AUGCAGACUGCUUUUACAAACAUUUGUGAAAGACUGUGCAAUAAGUCAAUGCGUGAAAUUUCCUUGCUACUAAAUAUUCCACAGUCAACUGUUAAUGGUAUUAUAACAAAGUGGAAGUGUCUGGGAACAACAGCAAUUCAGCCAUAAAGUGGUAAGCCACGUAAAAUGACAGAACGGGGUCAGCACAUGCUGAAGUGUACAGUGUGCAGAUGUCGCCAAUUGUCUGCAGAGUCAAUAGCUAAAGAUCUCCAAACUUCAUGUGGCCUUCAGAUUAGCGCAACAGUGCGCAGAGUGCUGCAUCCAAGCCUUACAUCUUCUAGUGCAAUGCAAAGCAUCAGAUGCAGUGGUGUAAAG